UCCGCUCGGCUCGGGCUCGGGCGCGGGGCGCGGGGCGCGGGGCGCGGGGCGCGGGGCAGGACACCGGCGGAGCGGCAGCCGCUCCGGACAUGUCGGGCCCUCGCGCCGGCUUCUACCGGCAGGAGCUGAACAAGACCGUGUGGGAGGUGCCGCAGCGGCUGCAGGGUCUGCGCCCGGUGGGCUCCGGCGCCUACGGCUCCGUCUGUUCGGCCUACGACUCGCGGCUGCGCCAGAAGGUGGCGGUGAAGAAGCUGUCGCGCCCCUUCCAGUCGCUGAUCCACGCGCGCAGGACGUACCGGGAGCUGCGGCUGCUCAAGCACCUGAAGCACGAGAACGUCAUUGGGCUUCUGGAUGUCUUCACGCCGGCCACGUCCAUCGAGGACUUCAGCGAAGUGUACUUGGUGACCACCCUGAUGGGCGCUGACCUGAACAACAUCGUCAAGUGCCAGGCGCUGAGCGACGAGCACGUUCAGUUCCUGGUUUACCAGCUGCUGCGCGGGCUGAAGGUGGGGCGCCCUGGGCUUCGCGGGUUUCCAACGCGCGGGGCGGGCGGUCCGGGCCCAGCGCUGACCGCAACCCCCCUCCCGCAGUACAUCCACUCGGCCGGGAUCAUCCACCGGGACCUGAAGCCCAGCAACGUAGCCGUGAACGAGGACUGUGAGCUCAGGAUCCUGGACUUCGGGCUGGCCCGCCAGGCAGACGAAGAGAUGACGGGCUACGUGGCCACGCGUUGGUACCGGGCCCCUGAAAUCAUGCUCAACUGGAUGCAUUACAACCAGACAGUGGACAUCUGGUCCGUGGGCUGCAUCAUGGCUGAGCUACUCCAGGGCAAGGCCCUCUUCCCAGGAAGCGACUACAUUGACCAGCUGAAGCGCAUCAUGGAAGUGGUGGGCACACCCAGCCCCGAGGUGCUGGCAAAGAUCUCCUCAGAACAUGCCCGGACGUACAUCCAGUCCUUGCCCCCCAUGCCCCAGAAGGACCUGAGCAGCAUCUUCCACGGAGCCAACCCCCUGGCCAUAGACCUCCUUGGAAGGAUGCUGGUGCUGGAUAGUGACCAGAGGGUCAGUGCGGCCGAGGCGCUGGCCCACGCCUACUUCAGCCAGUACCACGACCCUGAGGAUGAGCCAGAGGCCGAGCCGUACGAUGAGAGCGUUGAGGCCAAGGAACGCACCGUGGAGGAGUGGAAGGAGCUCACCUACCAGGAAGUCCUCAGCUUCAAGCCCCCAGAGCCACCGAAGCCUCCUGGCAGCCUGGAGAUUGAGCAGUGAGGUGCUGCCCGGUAGCCCCUGACAGCCUGUGGAGGGGCCUGGGCCUGCACCUUUCCACAGCUGAUCUGGUUUCCUCAAGAGGCGCCUCCCAUCCUCCUACGGUCACUGACUCCUGGCCUAGGACCCCUUGCCUUCAGGAGAAUCUACACACAUGUAUGCAUGCACAAACAUGUGUGUACAUGUGCUUGCCAUGUGUAGAAGUCUGGGCACAAGUGUCCCUAUGCCUACCUUGGUCCUCCUGCCCCCUCCUGGCCACUGCACUCGCCACUGGGACCUGACUGUAGGGUCCUGGAUGCCAAAGGAGUUCCCCUGGGGAGUUCCCCUGUCUGUCCUAGGCCGACCCACGGGGGAGUGUCAGCCAAGGGAUCUCUUCUGUCCCAGGGCUCUGGAGGGCGCACUGGGGCCAGAAACCCUGGAGACUCAAAGGGAGAGGUCUCAGUGGCUAGAGCUGCUCAGCCUAGAAGUAGGGGUCUGCCCUGGACACUGCCGAGACCCACAGGUCUUGAGAGGCAGAGCCAGUGUGCCAUCAGGCUGGGCAGGGACAACCACUAGGUGUCAAAAGAAAAGCUGCCUGGAGCCUUGUGUUCACCCAUGGGUGUGGGCAUGUGUGGAUGGGCAUGCACUCCCCGUGUUCAUGUCAGGGCACAUGUGGUGCAUGUGAAUCCGUGGGCAUCCAAAGGACAGCAGCCACGUCUGGUGAGAACCCUGAGCUGGGGCGGUCGUGCUGCUGCUUUCCCUCCCCUCAGUUCCUGAUGCUUCAGGGAUGUUGGGAUUCAGACUAGAGGCUCCAAUGGGCCAAAGGGCAACCACAUGAGCACAGCAGGGCUUUUUCCUUGGACAUGAGAGCUAUAGCAGGUUCCUGAGGCUGGAGGUGGGGGUGGUUCAGCCUUGAGGACUCUAAGGCAGGCUGAACACGUAGAUGUGGACUUGGAUUCGGACACUCCUGCCCCAGCACCCUGGCCCGCUCUCUACCUCUGCCCACUGUGCAGCCCUGCAGCCGGAAAUCUGAGGUGCUCUGGUCUGCGGGUCAGUCCUCCUCUUUCCUUGUCCCAGGAUGGAGCUGAUCCAGUAACCCCGGACAUGGGACCCUGCUCAGAGCUGAGUUGGGAGUGUGGCUUUGCCCUGGAAAGGUGGUGACCUCUUGCCUUGAGGGGCCCAGGGAAGCCUGGGUGUCAAGUGCCUGCACCAGGGGUGCACAAUAAAGGGGGUUCUCUCUU